UGGCGGCUCUCAGGCAUCACUGCGGGCAGCCUGGCGGCGCGGCGCGGGGCGGGGCCUGCUGCAGUCGGGGACGUGGCCGGAGCGGCCGGAGGGGAGCGAGUGCCAGGCCCUGCGGACCCUGAGCCAGCGCUGCUCUCGCCAUGCCCGGGCCCAGCCCUAGCGCCACCGGUGUCGGCUCCGCCGGCCGCUCCCCCAGCAAGGCCGUGGCUCCCCGCGCGGCAGGAUCCACAGUGAGGCAGAGGAAGAAUGCCAGCUGUGGGACAAGAAGUGCAGGCCGUGCCACUUCCACGGGUACUGGUGGGAUGUGGCGGUUCUACACUGAGGACUCUCCAGGGCUCAAAGUUGGGCCUGUUCCAGUUUUGGUCAUGAGUCUUCUUUUUAUUGCUUCUGUGUUUAUGCUGCACAUCUGGGGUAAAUACACUCGUUCAUAGACUCAGCUGCCAACCUAAAGCAUACAUCUUGGACCAAAAAUAUGGUGGAUCCUGGUUGCUCUUGGAGGGAGACUGGGGCAGCUUCCUAUCACCUGGUGAAGUCCUGUCAGCUUUGGCUCUAAUACAGAAUUAAUUCCUCAGUUUGCUAUUUGGGCAGGUUUAAAGUCUGUCAUGAGUCUUUUUAUAUUUGUAUCUGUACCCUUAGAAUACAAGUAUUGCAAUAAAAGUUGUAUAUGGAAAUAGAAA